AUGGGAGUCUGGAUGUUUAGUGAGAGUCACAAAGGAUUUACUAUCUUUUUCCAUAAUCUCUCAUAUGACGGAUCAUUCCUGUUACAGUACUUAUUGUCACAAACUCUGCGACCCUCGUUCAUUAUUUAUCGAGGUAGCAAGAUUCAGAUGUUUAAUGUCGACGCAUUAAACAUUAGAGUCCUGGACUCUUACAAUUUCCUCCCCAUGGCUUUAGCCAAACUCCCCAAGGCCUUCCAGUUGGACUCUUUAAAAAAGGGAUAUUUUCCUCAUUUCUUCACGAGCGCAAAUAAUUUGAACUACGUUGGAACCUAUCCUCCCGCCGAAACAUACGGACCUCAUGCGAUGUCAGUAGAGGGUAGACUUGAGUUUUACAAAUGGUACGAGAGCAAAAUUGCCGACAAUGCUGUUUUUGACUUUCAAAAAGAAAUGCUCGAAUACUGCCGUAGUGAUGUAGACAUCCUCCGACGAGCCUGUCUGAAAUUUAAGAACCUUCUGUGGGAAGCAACCUCAAUAGAUGGCGGUCAUGGUGUAGAUGCUUUCGACAAGGACCUCGGACUUGAAAUCUUAAAGGAGGAAUUUGUGUCCUCCCCCAUUGCUCGACCUCCUCCAAAGGGAUAUCACUCAAAAGUCAACUUCAGUAAGAAAUCCAUUGCUUGGCUGGAGUGGCUACGACAUUGCGAACGAAAAGAGGGGAGGGAACUGGACAUUAAACACGCCCUCACUUCAAAUGGAGAGUAUCGCAUACCUGGAACGCGGUAUUCGGUAGAUGGCUACGUAAUGCCUAGUGCCGAUAAUCGCGGUGGUGUUGCAUACGAGUUCCACGGAUGUCGCUAUCACGGUUGUCCCGUUUGCUACAAGAAUCAGGAAAUCGUUCUCGUACCCGGUUCAAAGCAAACGGCGCUGGAAUUGUUGGCACUUACGAAAAGAAAAGAGAAUCGGCUCCGAGAACUCGGACUCAAAGUUGUCGUCUGUUGGGAACAUGAUUUUGAUGCUUUGUUAAAAACAAAUCCCGAAGCUAAGGCGUUUGUCGAUCAACUCGAUCUGGUUGACAGACUAGAUCCCCGCGACAGCCUAAUGGGUGGACGCACAAACGGAUGCACGUUAUAUAAGAAAGCCACAAAGGGAAUGAUGAUUCAUUAUGUGGAUUUCACGUCCUUGUAUCCUUUUGUGAAUAAGACCUGUCAAUAUCCGGUUGGUCACCCUGAGAUCAUUACUCGAGAUUUUUCUGAUCUCUCAUCUUAUUUUGGAUUAGCUAAAGUCAAAAUCUUACCUCCACGAGGUCUCUUUCAUCCUGUCUUAGGAUAUCGUACUGGAGGUAAAUUAACAUUUCCUCUUUGUCGAACGUGCGUGGAAAAUCAACACCAAUCUCCCUGUACCUGCUCCGACGACCAGAGAGCCUUGACUGGAACGUUCUGCACUCCUGAACUUAUCAAAGCCAUCGAAAAAGGGUAUAGAGUUUUAAAAAUCUAUGAAGUCUACCACUGGAAAGAGACCUCACAGUAUGAUCCGAAGACGCAAACUGGGGGUCUCUUUGCCUCCUACAUCAACCUGUUUCUCAAAAUUAAACAGGAGGCUAGUGGACGACCUUCGUGGGUCAAGUCUGACGAGGAUCUCAGGAGGUAUGUGGAAAAGUACGAGCAAAGAGAAGGUAUCAAACUAGAUUCGUCUAAAGUGGAACACAAUGCAGGUCUCAGAAGUCUGGCUAAACUCCUUUUGAACAGCUUCUGGGGUAAAUUCGGUCAACGUCAAAAUCAAACCAAAACAAAGUUCUUACACGAUAGCCAGGCCAGUGAACUUUUUGGUCAACUAACAAAUCCAACCGUGGAGGUUGUCGAUUUUCAAAUUGUCAACGACGAAAAUCUAAUGCUUUCUACAAAACGCAUCUCCGAGGAACUAUGCUUACCUGGUCAUACUAAUGUAUUUUUAGCUUCCUUUACCAUCUGCUGGGCGCGGUUACAGCUCUACGAUUUACUGGAUCGUUUACAGACACGUGUGCUCUACUGGGACACUGAUUCCGUGAUUUUUACCUCGAUCGAGGGACAGUGGAACCCUCCCGUCGGUGAUUAUCUCGGAGAGCUUACAAACGAGCUCGAUGAGGAUGAUUGGAUUACAGAAUUUGUCUGUAAUGGUCCUAAAAAUUACGCUUACCAGACACACAAAGGUAAACGGGUGUGUAAAGUCAAGGGGUUUUCCUUGAAUUUCGACAACUCACAGAUCCUAAACUUGGAGAGCAUGAAAGACGCCAUGUUUAAUCGAAAUGAACCUGGUGUAGGAAAUUAUCAGACCAAGAAUCCAAGUAAAAUUUGUCGCGAGAAAAUACAGUCAGAAAUUUACUCUCAGGAAGAAGUUAAACAGUACUCAGCAGUCUACACCAAACGUGUCGUUCAGACAAACCUUUCAACUCUACCAUAUGGUUACUAA